AUGCGUGCUUCAUAUUUCUUCCCAUUGCUAUGCAUCCUCGUCGAGGCAAAGAUAGAUAGGCAAAAAGUCGUCCAAACAUUCAACCCUCGUCGCAAUGCCAGCUCGCCAGAAACGCCACUGCAGGUAGGCAAUGGCAACUUCGCCUUCGGUGCCGACAUCACCGGGCUUCAGACAUUCAGCCCCUUUGCUACGAUGUCGACCUGGGGAUGGCACAACUUCAGUUUGCCGACCACUCCAGGCCGAACUUCAAUCGAAGAUUACAACGGCACUGAAUGGUGGACGCACGGCCGACUGGUCCAGUACAACAUGGCCAACCCAACAAACAACGACAUCGCAAAUUGGCUCCGCGAGAACCCUCACCGGAUCAAUCUGGGCACCAUCGGCUUGUCGUUUGGUGGCAGCAAUGCAUCGGCCGCGGCUGUGACGGAAGACAUGCUCAACGACAAGCAGCAGGUUCUUGACAUGUGGACGGGUGUCAUCCGCUCCAACUUCACUUACAAGAAUACUCACGUGAGAAUUGAGACCUGGGCAGAUCCGAACUCAGACACAGUCGCCGUGUCCAUCGAGUCCACACUGCUCUCUUCGGGAGACUUGUCUAUUUUCUUCGACUUUCCCUACCCUACAAACGACAAGUUUGGAGCUCCGUUCGUGGGGAGGUUCAAUCAAACGGACAAGCACGUAACGUCUUUUGCGACAUGCGGAGGUAAUCAGGCCAAAAUUCACCACAACUUGAACACCACGGAGUACGACCUACGCAUCCAGUGGGACGGUGGAAGAGGCAACGGCUCGGUUGUGGCGCCGACCGACGGAAGCCAUCGAUAUGUCUUGUCAGUGAGUGGCACGGAGAAGCUUCAGUUUACAGCCAACUAUGCGCCCGUGAAGCCCAUGAGCCAGCCAAGGUAUGACGACAUCGUGAAGGCUUCGCAAGACUGGUGGCUCUCGUACUGGUCCGACGGUGCUUUCAUCGACCUGACCAACACAGCGGACGCCAACGCAACCGAACUUCAGAGGCGUACGAUUCAGUCCCAGUACUUGGUGGCAGUCAACUCGGCAUCUGACUACCCUCCACAAGAAUCCGGUCUCGUAAAUAAUGGCUGGUUUGGGAAAUUCCACAUGGAAAUGAUCCUCUGGCAUAGCCUCCAGUUUGCCCGCUGGAACCACUUCCCCCUUCUCUCCCGAUCCCUCCCGCGAACCUACAACCACCUCUUGCCGUCCUCCCUUUCCCGUGCCUCAAAACAAGGAUAUGCCGGCGCCCGCUGGGGCAAGAUGACGGAUCCCUCGACCAUCGACGCGCCGGGCGAGAUCAACACUCUCUUGAUCUGGCAGCAGCCUCACCCGAUGUACUUCGCCGAGCUAGAAUACUGCCACGCGCCGACGGCCGACACCCUGAGGAAGUGGGACGAGGUGCUCACGGCGACGGCGGAUUUUAUGGCUUCAUUCGCCUUCUUCAAUGAAUCGACAGGAGUGUACGACCUCGGCCCGCCCAUGUAUCCCGUCUCGGAGAACACGAACCCGAAUGUCACUGUCAAUCCAACCUUUGAGCUGGCGUACUGGCGCUUUGGGUUGGACGUGGCUGUAACCUGGAAAUCCCGCCUCGGCGAGGAGGUUCCUGGAGCUUGGACGAAGGUCAGGGAUAACCUGGCGCCCUUGCCCAUAGUUGAAGAGACGUACCCCGUGUACGAAGGUGCCCAGGGGAUGUGGACAAACAUCACCACGGUACAGGACCAUCCGGCAAUGUCGGGAAUCUUCGGACUUCUCCCGCCUCCUUCUUCCGGGCCCGCGCUCAACCGAACCGUCCUGGAGAACACAGCUGCCAAGAUCUGGGAGCUUUGGGACCUGAACGAAUCGUUCGGCUGGGAUUUCUCGAUGUUAGCCAUGAACAGCCUACGUCUGGGAGAUUCGCGGCGAGCGGUCGAGUAUCUGUUGCAUCCUACGUUCCAAUUCGACGACGCCGGGUAUCCUGUGGGAGGGACCAGGGUGCCGACGCCGUAUUUCCCCAGCUCGAGCAGUUUGCUGCUGGCCAUGGCCAUGAUGGCCGGAGGAUGGGACGGCACCGAGGGACCGCAUUUCCCCGAGGGAUGGGAUGUUGCGGUGGAGGGUUUUGCUCCUGGCCUCUAG